AAUAUCAAGACUUGUUCCGUUACUCAGCAGUCUUUGGACUUCAUCAUGAUUGCUUCUCAGCUGCUGGCUUUUGUGGUAAUUUCAGCUUCCUGUGUCUUAAAAUCCAGCUCCCUGGAUACUUUCAUUGCUGCUGUUUAUGAGCAUGCAGUGAUAUUGCCUAGUGCCCCUCUACACCUAGUGGCCCGUGAAGAGGCAUUGGCAUUAAUGAACCAGAAUCUGGACCUUUUGGAGGGAGCAAUUGCAUCAGCAGCCAAACAGGGUGCACAUAUUAUUGUGACUCCAGAAGAUGGUAUUUAUGGCUGGAACUUCAGCAGAGAAUCUAUUUACCCAUACUUGGAGGAUAUCCCAGACCCUCAGGUGAACUGGAUCCCUUGUAAUAAUCCCAACAGAUUUGGCCAAACCCCAGUGCAAGAAAGACUCAGCUGCUUGGCUAAGAACAACUCUAUCUACAUCGUGGCAAAUAUUGGUGACAAGAAGCCAUGCAAUGACAGUGACCCUCAUUGUCCCCCUGAUGGACGUUACCAGUACAACACUGAUGUGGUGUUUGAUUCUCAGGGAAAACUGGUGGCACGUUACCAUAAGCAAAACCUUUUCAUGAGUGAAGAGCAAUUCAAUGUACCCAAGGAGCCUGAGCUUGUGACUUUUGACACCACCUUUGGAAGGUUCGGCAUUUUCACGUGCUUCGACGUACUCUUCCAGGAUCCUGCCGUUACUCUGGUGAAAGACUUCCACGUGGACACCAUCCUCUUCCCAACAGCUUGGAUGAAUGUUUUGCCACAUUUGUCAGCUAUUGAAUUCCACUCGGCUUGGGCUAUGGGCAUGAGGGUCAAUUUUCUGGCAUCCAAUUUACAUAACCCUUCAAUGAAUAUGACAGGAAGUGGCAUCUAUGCACCUGAUUCUCCAAGAGAAUUCACUUACAAUAUGAAGACAAAAGAGGGAAAGCUUCUCCUCUCACAACUGGAUGCCCACCCAUGCCAUGCUGCAGGGGUAAAUUGGAAUUCUUAUGCCAGUGGCAUAGAAGCACCCUCAACAGGAAACCAGGAAUUUAAGGGCACUGUCUUUUUUGAUGAAUUCACCUUCUUGGAGCUUACAGGAGUCACUGGAAACUACACAGUUUGUCAGAAAGAUCUCUGCUGUCAUCUAAGCUACAAGAUGCUUGAGAAGAGAUCAGAUGAAGUUUAUGCCCUAGGGGCAUUUGAUGGACUACAUACUGUAGAAGGGAGCUAUUAUUUACAGAUUUGUACUCUGCUGAAGUGCAAAACAACGGACUUACACACCUGUGGGGACUCCGUUGCAACUGCCUCCACCAAGUUUGAAAUGUUUUCCCUCAGUGGUACCUUUGGAACCCAGUAUGUCUUCCCCGAGGUAUUGCUAAGUGAAAUUCAGCUUGCACCUGGAGAAUUUCAGGUGUCAAGGGAUGGGCGCCUGUUUAGCCUGAAGCCCCUGUCUGGACCCGUCUUGACAGUGACUCUGUUUGGGAGGUUGUAUGAGAAGGACUCCAUGUCGAAUGCUUCCUCAGGCCCCACAGAACAAGCACCAAGAGUUAGCUCUUAGUUUUAACUCCUAUUGUGCAGUCAUUAAGUUGGUAGAAUAUUUGCAUGUCCUUUCUUUUACCUUGGAGAAUUGAAGAAAUAAUGAAUGAGAAAAGAAGGAUGGGCCUGGGCUUUUGAUAACAGUGGUUGUGGUCUCUCAUAUAAGUGAAUUACUAAUAAUACAUUAAUAUACACACACAUUAGGCAACAUAAGCCAAAUAAAUUGUGAUAAAAUGUUGAAAGGUAAAAUUUGUAGUGAGAAUAACAACUGUGCCCACCUUUUAGGGUGUUGUUUUUUGUGUUUUUUUGGUGAGAAUUAAAUAAGUGAAUACAUUUAACGUGCUUGGACAUGUUCCUAGCAUAUGGGGAGCCCUGUAUAUGUGUUAGCAUUACAGUUACAAAUAUAUCACGUAUACAUAUGACUGUCACAGUAAAACUACUCAUGAUGUAUUUAUUGCUACAAUUAUAUCACCUCUGAUUGUUUAAAGUAUGUUUACUUCCAAAAGUUCAGCCACCCUCCGUAUUUCAAUUAGAAACUCAGUGAAUUCAACAUCAUUGGCUUUGCCUUGAUGUCUCGUGCCUUCUAUCCUAAAAGAAAGCUGGGCUUACAUAGGAAGCUGUUCCAGGCCUUCACAUCUUUGGUGUGUUUUCAGUCAUGAUUGACUGCCUAUUUCAUGCUUUGAUGAUCUUGUCAGUCUAUAAGCAUAUUAGCAGGGUGGCUCUAAAGCAGACAUUUACCUGUCAUAUGGUCUGUUACAUAUUUUUGUGUGGCCUGUGAGCUAAGAAGGCUUUUAUGCUUCUAAAUGAUUGGAAAGGAAACUACAAAAAAGAAUAAGAUUGUGUGACACAUGAAAAUCAUUUGAAAUUCAGAAGUUAGUCUCCACACCUAAAGCUUUAUUAGACACAACCAUGCUUAUUUAUUUAGAUAUUGUUGAUGGUUGUUUACAUGACACAAUGGUGAAGUUGAGUAGUUGUGACAUAGACCAUAUGGUCAAAAAAGCUAACAAUAUUUAUACCUGGCCCUUUACAGAAAAUGUUUGCUGACUUCUACUCUGAUGUAUUAAAUAACAAUGAUUUAGUAUUGAUUUAGUAUUGAAAUGUUUAAUGUGAGUCAGUGAGCAAAUUGCCCUUGAGUGUCUUAGAAUUCUUCCAUCCAAGGUACCACAUCUUUUGCUAAAUUUGGUUAUGCUCUAAAAUUCCUCAGAAAAAUCAUGUUAGUAUUAUUUUUCAAAAAUUUCCUAGAGAUCAACCAAGAACUGCUCAAAUUAAUGUACUGUUUGAUAUUUUUCCCUGUGAAAAACUUACCAGCUUGUCUUCUAAUGAUUUUUCUUGAAAUUCAACAUUGCAGCAGUGAAUUUACUUUUUAAAAAAUGGUAUUUACUGUAUCCAUACCCAACUCUGACUACGUAUUCAUUAUGGAUUUCUUUAAUGCAUAUAUGUGAUUUUACAAUAGUUUUGUUGUGCUCUUUAAUUGUAAUUUUCUUUAUUUUGAAUAGAACAUCUGUGAUGCUUGUUUGAUAUAAAUAUCCCAAUUCCAAGAAAGACCAAUGAACAAAUAAACUUUUAAAUCUAC